AUGAAAACUCAACAAGUGCAACGAAAGCAACUUUUUAAAAAAAUCAGAAAAGGAGACGAGAUUCAUAUUCAAGUUGAUUCAUGUAAAAAACCGCCUUAUGAUCAAUUCAAGAUAGUGUGUCAUGCAUGCAAACGAAACGAAGCAUGCACUUUUGUGAAUCUAAGAGGUUUCAAAAAAGUGAAUGAUCAGCUUUUAUACGGGCCGUAUUUCCCCUCAACAAGAACGCCUACUCUCAAAUAUAAAAGCAGGCGAUUCAACACGAUGCCCUACUCUCCCCGAGCCAAUAUAUAUGCUCUAAAGAAAAUUAGACCGACACUGCAAAGAUGCCUGCAACGCCAAUUGGAUGUCCUCCUACACGGCUCUAACAAACCAAUACAACGAAAGCAUACAAAAGGAUACAGUCAUACUUGUGAUAGCUGCUCCACCAACUUUUUCAUUCACUAUUAUAUUUGCGCUUUUUGUGCCAUUGAAAUCUGUAUGGAUUGUUAUGAGGCUUUAAAAAACACAUUAUAUGGAUACCAUAACGGCCGUGUCUUUAAUGGAAAAGAACAUUCUCAGUCAGAAUUUGUGCUAUUCUCGAAACUUUCAGAAAAAUCCAUUACUUUGCUGUUGAAGUCGCCGAAACCAAUACAGUCGACUGAUGUACUUACUAACACAGAACUUAUCAACCCUAUCGAGGUAAGAAAAAGUGAACUUGACCAAUUGAAAUCUGCAAAGUCUCGAAGAGCGCUGGACCCCAGAAACUUGAAAUCACCAAUGCUUCCCUCUCAAAUGAACAAAACCAACGAACCCAACGAGCCCAACGAACCCGAAUUAAAUCGCGUACCACCCAUUCUUGAUAAAAGCCAAGAUUACAUGAACCUGCCCGCAUCUCAGGUCUCUUUAGAGGUAUUCCAAAAAUACUGGCAAACGCACUGCCCAGCACUCGUGACAAAUUCCACAAUCGAGAGUAAAUUCGAAUGGACACCACAAAUGUUUCGAAGUGUAUGUGGGGCAGAUAGAUUACAGGCCACGGAUUUCGAUAAUACCGUAUACGAACUGGAAGCAAAAUCUUACUUUAAGGCUUUCUCCAACCGUAAACGACGCCGAUCACUGUGCGAAUCCCUGGGAAGUAGCGAGGUGCUAAAGGUGAAGGAUUGGCCACCGAACCAAGACCUCGCAAAGAAAUUGCCUGGUCUUUACGAAGAUUUUAUGAGGACAGUACCAGCACCUGAAUACUGUAGUGCUACGGGCUAUUUGAAUUUAGCAAAUCGAUUGCCAGAGGAAUACGUACCGCCCGAUCUUGGACCUAAAUUGUUUAUCUCGUACGGAAGUGAUAUGAAAGGAAAGACGGGUAAAACAAACCUACAUUGCGAUAUAACGGACGCUGUGAAUGUGAUGUACUAUGCUGAUGAUGAUACUGUCAAUGAAAAACCACAGGCACCUGCAGUGUGGCACAUAUUCCCUUACAAUAGCCUGAGGAUCCUGAAACGAUAUAUACGACGUUAUAAGAAAUGCAAUGAUCUACACCCAAUAUUUGAUCAUGCAUUUUAUCUUACGGCCCAUGAUCUGCAACGUCUCGAUGAAAAGUAUAAUGUGGUACCCUAUACGAUUUAUCAAAACGUUGGGGAUACAGUAUUCAUCCCAGCGGGUUGUGCACACCAGGUCACGAACUAUAGUAACUCGAUCAAAUGUGCCUUUGAUUUUCUAAGCCCUGAAAAUGUUGAACGUAGUUUGUAUAUCUCCAAACAAUUGCGCAAGUUGAAUAAGCGCGAUGCAUUACAGCUUCAAACUACGUUGGCCUAUGCAUGGCUCAGCUUAAAGAAGGAUUCUGAGACCUGA